AUGACCAUUCUCAACUCGUUGAUGGUUAACCGAGAUCUUGAUGGAUCCGUGAUUGAAAAUCCGUCUACCUUUCGGCUUGUCCUGAUAUGUACGGUUGUGUUCAUCGAUUUCCUUGGCGUCACACUGCCUGCCAACAUUAUACCUGUCAUGAUUGAUAAGUCAACCAAAGGUCACCUCGUUGGGUGUGAGAGCAUUCCCGAAGGGACAGCGGUUUCCAUAGCGGCUUUCACCUAUGCUAUCGGUAUGAGCAUAUCACCACCGCUCAUGGGUUGGCUGUCGGAUAGGCGAGGUCGUCGUCCUUUACUGUUAGCCUCGAUGCUGGGUAUCUCUAUCUCCUAUUUCUUACAAGGAUCAGCGAGAAAUUACUGGUGGUUCGCCUUCUUCCGGUUCCUCACUGGUUUGAGUGGAGGCGGCCGGCCGGUGGCCAUGGCUUAUAUCACAGACACUCUGACCGACGUCAAAAGGCGCACUUCGUAUUUUUCUUAUAUCAAUAUGGUCCCUGGUCUCUGCUUCGGCUUAGGGCCUGCCUUUGGUGGAGUGCUGGCCUUUUUCAGCCUCUCUGCACCAUUUUAUUUCGUAUCAUUCUGGGCAUGUGUGGUGUUCGCGCUGCUCUACCUCUAUCUCCCAGAGUCUCUCCAUCCCUCUAGGAUCCGGGCAAAAAAAUUGGGAUCGGACCCUGGCGAGUCGCUCCUGUCCGAAUUGGUAGAAGACAGUCCCGAGAUCGACUGUCAUGCCUUCAGUCUAUUGUACUUUGUAUCAGCAAUGACUAUGUUCUUAGUAGUGGUUAUUGGUCUCAUGUCCCCACUUGUACUCAGGGACUUCUUCAAUCUGUCUCCACUAUCGGCAGGGUUCACGUAUCUAGGUGACGGAACUCUCAUCGUCCUAGGAACCUUGGCAUUCAUCCAUCUUGUCAAUGAAGUUGGUUAUACGACUUUACCGGUGUUAGUGGUUGAAUUCUCUCCACGACACCGCAGUGGUGAACUGAUGGGGUACUUCACGCUAUUCCAGGGAGCUGGUCGUUUGGUCGGAACUAUCACGGCUGGCCUCAUGCAUAUCUUGGAGCGGCAUAGCCGCCCCGUCGAGAGUAAGUGCUUGUACUCGGGCAUAUCUUGGAGUGGCAUAGCUGCCCCACCCUCGGAGAUAUUACAAAAUUGUGACUGGUCACAGUCGGUGCCGAAGUUUGAGAGCAUACCUCACUUGCCCAUAUCCUUGGGUUAUGCGGUUAACUUCGCCGGAGAAACUCAACUCACCAAGAGCGGAAAUGACCUCGAAAAGGGCCUCACCAAAGACUAUUGGUGGUUCGUAUUCUACCGCUGCAUAACGGGUUUAGCCGGUGGAGGGCGUCCUGUUGCCAUGGCCUAUGUAUCAGACACUGUACGAGAUCCCAAGAAGCGCACUAGCAUCCUCGGCACCAUCAACAUGAUUGCCUCAUGUCUUGGGGCAUGUACUAUCGAAUCAAGCAACAAUCUACUGGCAUCAGAUGAACAUGUGGCUUCUCAUAUUGUACGUCGUCAUGGGUUUUCCUCUGAUAUUUGCUUGCGAUUGAUAUCAUACCAUAGAGAUGCUUGUUUGGUUAUGCAUCAAAGGGGCAAGGGACGUACAGUCAACAGUGAUACCGCUUUGGUCGCUAUGGCCUCUCUGAGGUGGCUACUGUAUCUCUCGUCACUGCUCUGCAGUUUCGCGCGGAUCCCUGAAGAUCCAGUGGUUUUCCUACAAUCGUAUCAGCGUCCGAUCGACAAGGGGAAAAUCUCGAUAGAGUUUCUAUUGUGUCAAGUACGGCAAGCCCAGCUCACAAGAAGGAGGUUCCCCUGGGGUCAGCAAGUGGCCCAUUCUCUCUUCCUCAACGACGUAUUGCCGUUCGCCUCUCUAUCGGAAGAAGCGAGUGACUUCCGUGGUUGCAAUGGUUCAAGUGGCCACGGCUCGGAGUUCAUCAGCUUCAUGCAGUCUCUAGUGAAACCGUGCUUAGAUGCCACUUGCGCUGUCAUGACACUCAACGAGAAAGCCUGGGAGUUCACCAAACCGCCAAUUACCUUUGUGGCCGCCCCUCCUAAUGAGGCUGAUCCCUACAGCCUCUACGAUGUGAUCGAAAGGAAGAGUUCCUCUUGCACGGGUCUGGCCUUGUACUUGGUAGCGGCGCUGAGGUCUGUUGGUGUACCAGCGAGAGUUGCAGGGACACCUCACUGGAAUAAGGGCGGUGUCGAGUGUCCCAAUGGAGAUAAGGAUGCUCCGUGUGGCAAUCACAACUGGGUAGAGGCGUAUAUCCCCGAGCAUGGGGAGAGUCCAGCCGGCUGGGCAGUGGUAGAUCAACGCAGUGUGCCUUUGCGGGCUCUUAAUACUUCUUUUUUCAUUCCCUCACCGGCUCACGACCAGGAUGGUUCCACCGUGAACCAUACAAUUUACGCCGCGUCCUUUGCUCCGCCAGAGAUGCUACUCCAUGAAUGUGACUAUCCAGUGGGAUUAGGAGUGCACCCAGCGAAGAACUUCCCUCUGGUUUUCGACUGGUCCUAUCAAUCAGUGCCGGCUUGGAAUACCACUGUCAUGUACCACAACUUGGCCGGCCGAUGGUAUCGCGAAAAUUGCCCGGCUGCCGCAGCUGCCGAGAUUGUUUAA